UCCGCUCAUAUUCUUUCCCAGAAGAAAAAUAGAUUAUUUCCUAAAUGAGGACAAUCCAGUGACUGGCUCCAAGAAGACUCCUUUUCUUUUCCUCCCUCAACCGAUUAGGGAGAAAUCUCAUCUACCUGAGGUGUCCCCAUGCCCGCCCCUGGAAGCUUGGGUUCUUGUUCACUCAAGAGGUUAAUGUUACUGGUGCUUUAAAUUUUAUCUUUAAGCCCCAACCUACCUAUUUUUAUUCUGGGUCCAGGGGGCUUUAUUGGAAAUCACGAGGGGAGAAAAAAGACUACUGAAGGCUGCAGUGUGCAAAGGCAAAGGAAAUUUGCUUUUCAAACGGAUGCGGAGAUGACUGUUUCGUUGAGUUCAAGACAAGAUGCCCUGAAAAUAUAAGGUUGCCAUGGGUGUACUUGUGAGUGUGAUGUUGGUGGGGGCGUCACAGCUAGGGCUUCUUUACUUAGUAUUCAAGGUUGUGAAAUUUCUUUCUGCCACACUGACAGAGGCAGCGGCUUUAGCGGCAAUUAUAACUCUUGCUUAGCAUUGCUUCGACGAAUCUGGAAUUAGCAAAUUACUAUUCAAUUGGUUUUCGAAACUUGCAGGUUUGAUUAGGUUUCAUUCUAUCCUCUGUCUUUAGUGGAGGGAGUGGAGCCCGUUCCUCUGACCUUGGGCCUUGUGGGUUAAAGGGAGGGAGUGAUGAAGAGGACAGACUGACAGACACAGCGAAGCUCAUAGUGCAGCUAAAUGCGAUUUGGAAGGCGAAGUCUCCCCGAAUUAGUGCGUGAAUUUCCUAUCGAUCCGCUCGCGGUCCCAUUCGUCUCUGACAAGUCCCUCUGUGCACCGGCCCUCUAGCUCCCGACACCUCCUCACUCACCUCCUACCCCUCCCCAUCUGGCUGCACUGUGAAGCUCCAAGCUCAGCCGCCCCUAUGACCUAGUGGGUACCCAUUUCAAGAAGGCGCUCCCUGGUCGGUCAACCACUUAAAACGCCACACAGACCCCCAGUGCGUGGUGAGCUCCCUCUUAUCCUGGGGAGGAGAUGGGGCCCUAUGGGAGUCAGAGAAUGGUUGCUGGAGGUUAGGUAGGGCGGGGGUGGGGGCUACACCCGGAGCCCCAACUUCUGAGGGAUGCAGGGAUUGUGCUCUGCCCACCCACGCCCCCCAAAACAGGCCCUCCAAUUAACCUGCUCACUCUUCCUUAGUUCAUCACCCCUCUCUGUUGUGGAGAAAGCCAGGCGAGGAGGGGGUCGCCCCGCGGGAGCCCUAUGUAAAUCCUGGUGUUGGUUGGGUGGGGAGGGGUAGAGAAGGGGAAAUAAACCUCUUUGGCUGGAGUAGGGUCCGGGUGAGCAGAUUUCCUUAUCCGGGAAUCGCAGGCCGGGUGGCCAUUGGCUCGGAGGAUCACGUGGGCCUCUAACUUUGUUCACUUGACAGUAAGUAGGAGGGCUUUCGGAAACAGGAAAACGAGUCAGGGGUCGGAAUAAAUUUUAGUAUAUUUUGUGGGCAAUUCCCAGAAAUUAAUGGCUAUGAGUUCCUUUUUGAUCAACUCAAACUAUGUCGACCCCAAGUUCCCUCCGUGCGAGGAGUAUUCACAGAGCGAUUACCUACCCAGCGACCACUCGCCCGGGUACUACGCCGGCGGCCAGAGGCGAGAGAGCGGCUUCCAGCCGGAGGCGGCCUUUGGGCGCCGGGCGCCGUGCACUGUGCAGCGCUACGCGGCCUGCCGAGACCCCGGGCCCCCGCCACCUCCGCCGCCCCCGCCGCCCCCGCCACCGCCCGGGCUGUCCCCUCGGGCUCCCGUGCAGCCAACAACCGGGGCCCUCCUCCCGGAGCCCGGGCAGCGCAGCGAGGCGGUCAGCAGCAGCCCCCCGCCGCCUCCCUGCGCCCAGAACCCCCUGCAUCCCAGCCCGUCCCACUCCGCGUGCAAAGAGCCCGUCGUCUACCCCUGGAUGCGCAAAGUUCACGUGAGCACGGUAAAUCCCAAUUACGCCGGCGGGGAGCCCAAGCGCUCUCGGACCGCCUACACUCGCCAGCAGGUCCUGGAACUGGAGAAGGAGUUUCACUACAAUCGCUACCUGACGCGCCGCCGGAGGGUGGAGAUUGCCCACGCGCUCUGCCUGUCUGAGCGCCAGAUCAAGAUCUGGUUCCAGAAUCGGCGCAUGAAGUGGAAAAAAGACCACAAGUUGCCCAACACCAAGAUCCGCUCGGGUGGCACCGCGGGCGCAGCCGGAGGUCCCCCUGGCCGGCCCAACGGAGGCCCCCCUGCGCUCUAGUGCCCCCCAAGCAGGAGCUCGAACAUGGAGGGGGCGGGGGGAACAGCGAGCACCGAAGGGGGGUGCGGGGUAUGGGAGGGUCCCCGGGCUUGAGCCCAGAAAAACCUAUCUACCCUACCCCCACUUUAUCUAUAAGGAAUAAACACAGAGAAUGGGGGUAGGGAAGCCUUAUUUAUAGAAACGACAAUAGGGAGCCGGGUAAAGUCCUUCGGAAGCAAGAUUCGAGUCUCUUGCUUUCUUCCUUAAAAAAAGAAAAAGAAAGAAAGAGAGA